AUGUUCCUGGCGAGGCGAGUACUAGCCUCGCCGCGACUAUUUUCUAACUCGCGGCGAGUGAAUAGAUUGUCUCCUUUUUGGACGAGUCACGAGUCGGGCGAUAGCGAAAACCACGCGCAACGAGAAAUUCUCGCCUCGCGUCGUUACUCGAGCGAGUCGGGCAAAAACGAGGCGAGUAAUAACACUCCCCUCACUGCUUCCUCACGCGUAGAGGAGGAGCACGAGGAUCCCAGCGCUGAGCGGCAGCAGCAGCAGCAUGGCGCGGCGCAACAGGGGGUAUUCCCCCAAUCCAGCAACGUGCGCGCAUCUGCCACGUUUCAGGCGCCUCAAGAGGAGCCUCAGCAGCCGCAGCAGGGGGGAUUGCCGCUGUCCAGCGGCGAGCGCGCAUCGCCCAUGGUGGAGCACAUUCGCUCCAUGAUCCGCUUUCGCGGCGGGCCGAUCAGCCCCUCCAUCCCGCCCUUCUCUCCUCCCCCGCGCACAACAGGUGCUGAUGAGCAGCAGCGCAGGCGGGUAAUACAUGCGCAGGUGCUGACUACUUUCAAGGCGCCUCAAAAGGGUGCUGACGAGCAGCAGCGCAGGCGGGUACUACAUGCACAGGAACGACUUUUGAGGCGCCUUAAACGAGUGCAUCCGCCCUCACUCCCCCUCCUGGUCCCCCGAACACAACUCCAGGUGCUGACGAGCAGCAGCGCGGGCGGGUACUACAUGCAGCGGGACGUGUUCGGCCGGGAGGGCGACUUCAUCACGUCGCCUGAAAUCAGCCAGAUGUUCGGCGAGAUGGUGGCGGUGUGGGUGAUGAUGACAUGGCAGCAGCUGGGCGCGCCCCCUCGAGUGCACCUGGUGGAGCUGGGGCCGGGCAGAGGGACGCUCAUGGCUGACCUGCUGCGCUCAUCCGCCAAGUUCACGCCCUUCAGUGCAGCGGUGGAGGUGCAUCUGGUGGAGGUGAGCCCGGCUCUCAGGCGCCUGCAGUGGGCCGCCCUCAAAUGCCAAGCUGCAGAGGCAAAAGAGGGGAGGGCGGAUGAUGGCGGGGCGGAGGGGAGGAAGGCAAGCGCUGGUGGAUUGGCGUCAGCAGGUGAAGCAGCAGCAGUAGCAGAAGCAGGCGGGCUUAUCUCCCAAGGGUCACCGUCUGCAGCACCAUUGCAACCACAAUCACCCUCCUCCUCAUCGUCGUCCUCCUCCUCAUCAUCUUCACCAUCACAACCACCAUUUUCACCAUCACCAUCACCACCAUCACCAUCACCAUCACCAUCACCAUCACCAUCACCAUCACCAUCACCAUCACCAUCACCAUCACCACCAUCACCAUCAGCAUCAGCAUCACCACCAUCAUCAUCCGGAGAAGCAGCGGCAGCAGAGGAGGCAUCCCCAGGGAGAGGAGUGUCGGGGCUGAGUGGCGCCUCUGUUACGUGGCACUCUGCUCUGGAGGACGUACCUGAGGGAGUGCCCACCAUCAUCAUCGCACACGAGUUCGUUGACGCGCUGCCCAUGCAUCAGUUCCAGAAAACGGAGAGAGGGUGGUGUGAGAAACUGGUUGAUGUGGCGGAACCGGACAAAGAAGGCCAUCCAUCUGAAGCACCCUCCAAACCGAGCCAUGCACAAGGGGACACCACCGCCCAUCCAUCUGCCGACUACCCUUUCCGUUUCGUCCUUUCCCCGGGGCCGACUGCGGCAAGCACUCUUUGUCUUCUUCCUCGCAUGCAAUGGGCCCCACUGGAGGAGCGGGCGGCAGCCGUCCACGUGGAAGUUUGUCCUAUAGCAGUGAAGAUUGCGCUGCAGAUCACGGAGAGGGUGGCGAGAGACGGUGGGGCGGCGCUGAUAGUGGACUACGGGGAGGACAGACUGAUAUCAGACAGCCUUCAGGCCAUACGCAAGCAUGAGUUUGUGAACGUGCUGGAUGCGCCCGGCACGGCGGAUCUGAGUGCGUAUGUGGACUUUGCCGCCCUCCGCCAAGCCGUCACCGACUCCAACUUACCAGCGAAGGCUUAUGGCCCCAUCACCCAGUCACAAUUAUUGGGGCGGCUGGGCAUCAACUUCCGAGUGGAGGCGCUGCUGCGAGUGGCCUCGGAGCAGCAGGCGGAGGCUCUCAGGGACGGGUACUGGCGCCUCGUGGGGGACGGGGAACCCCCGUGGCUCGAUGAGGACGAUGAGAGUGAGGGCGUGGAGGGGAAGGUGGCAGAGCGGGAGGGGGAGGUGGGAGUGCGUGGGGCUGAUGCUGGGGCUUGUGAGGGUGAGAGUGAUUCUUCUGAGGAAGGUGGUGGUGGUGGUAGCAGUGGCAAGAGGUCAUUUGUGGGCAUGGGAUCGAGGUACAAAGCUCUUGUGAUUGCAAGUGAGAAGCUAGGAGUGCCCGUUGGAUUCGAAUGA